AUGCCAUCACCAUCCGGGGAUAAAACACGCAAUUAUAGCCCUCAGCGCCUUGUACAAAUCCGCCUUAUCGUCCAGCUCUCAUACGAUGAGCAUUAUAGCUUUGCUUUGGUACAACAGAGGCAAGCUAUUGUAUCGCUGCGCAAUGAUCUGUCUGGUGGACAACCUCAGAUGAGGCUUGCGCUUGUAGCAAGCCUCCUCUUUUCAUGCUUUGAAAGUUUCCAUGGGGACUGGGAGACUGCGACGCAGCAGGUCUAUAAUGGAUUCAACAUCUUGAAGCGUCUCGGCGAAGAUGAGAAACGGGAAGCGACUAAUAGCCUUACUGGUAUUGAGCUCGACGUGGGACUGACUUUGCGGCGACUCGAGCUACAAAUAUUGUCAUUUCUCGCUAUGACCCCAACGUCGGAGCAUCCCAAUGACCUGAGCCCCGAGGAAAUUGUUUUAGAUCUGCCGGACCAGUUUACUGCUUUCAACGAAGCCUUCGCAGCUGUAACUAAACUUGCUGUUUCCAUUCUACGACAUGCCAAGAUAUCCGCCCAGCGCAAAAAUGAUUCGGCUCAUCGGGACUCUCUUGCACAGCAAAAUCAGCACCUCCAGGGAUUGAUGGAUCAAUGGGGCAAGGCAUACGAACCUAUGUUUCUCGAAGCAUGCCGGAACAAUGUUGGCCGAGAGUAUCUCGGAGUUCUCCAAGUCCAAAUAUGUGCUUGGAAAUGCGAAAUAUUGAUUGCCACGAGCAUGUCAGACACAGAAGCCAUCUUCGACGAUUACACAGCUCAAUUCCAAAGGAUUACCCAUUUUGCACGUUAUGUACUCCAGAAGGACCAGGAACUUCGAGACUCGGAUGGUCCGAGAUUACAAUAUGGCAUGGGACUGAUAAUGGCUCUGUUCUUCACAGCUACUCGAUGCCGGAACUACUUUGUGCGCAGGGAGGCUAUCGCUAUACUCCAGGAGUGGCCUUGCACUAAUGGGAUCUGGCACAGUUUGCAGGCGGCAAAAGUUGCCGAGUGGAUGGUGAGCAUCGAGGAAGAGCGCUGUAGUGGAUUGGAGUUCGUUCCGGUAGAGUGUCGAGUUAGGCUGCCCAGUCUGAGAGUGGCCCUAAAGAAGGAUGUGAUUGCUGUGGAAUGCAUGAAGCCAUCUGCUGAUGGUACCUUGGAGCUCCGAAAAGCAAACCUUACUUGGCCUUGA